GACCGCCCCCUCCCAACCUCCGACGUCUGUAAGCUGCUAUCACGCAGGCGCGCUUCGAACGCCGGCUUCUCUGGUCUGGGUGCUUGCUCGGUACGCGGCGGCGGCGGAGAGCCUGCGAGGCCUGGUGAGCGCCGCUGAAGCCGCAGGCCUGCUGUGCGGUCGAAGGAACCGGUGAACGCUUGACGCCCCCACUUCACCCAUCCAGCGCUCGAGAUCGGCUGCCACGGAACCAGAAAUCAUGACCACCUCAGGAAAAGAGAACUUCCGCCUAAAGAGUUACAAGAACAAGUCCCUGAAUCCUGAUGAGAUGCGCCGGAGGAGAGAAGAAGAAGGACUUCAGUUACGCAAACAAAAAAGAGAAGAGCAGUUAUUCAAGCGAAGAAAUGUCGCCACAGCAGAAGAAGAAGCAGAAGAAGAAGUAAUGUCAGAUGGAGGCUUCCAUGAGGCCCAAAUCAAUAACAUGGAGAUGGCAUCAGGUGGUGUCAUUACCUCCGAUAUGAUUGAAAUGAUAUUCUCUAAUAGCCCAGAGCAGCAACUUUCAGCAACCCAGAAGUUUAGAAAACUACUUUCAAAAGAACCUAAUCCUCCAAUUGAUGAAGUCAUCAGCACACCAGGAGUGGUGGCCAGGUUUGUGGAGUUCCUCAAACGAAAAGAGAAUUGUACAUUACAGUUUGAAUCAGCUUGGGUGCUGACAAAUAUUGCUUCAGGAAAUUCCCUUCAGACUCGAAUUGUGAUUCAAGCAGGAGCUGUGCCAAUCUUCAUAGAGCUGCUCAGCUCAGAAUUUGAAGAUGUGCAGGAGCAGGCAGUCUGGGCUCUUGGUAAUAUCGCUGGAGACAGCACCAUGUGUAGGGACUAUGUGUUAGACUGCAACAUUCUGCCCCCUCUAUUGCAGCUACUUUCAAAACAGAACCGUUUGACCAUGACUCGGAAUGCGGUGUGGGCCUUGUCUAAUCUCUGCAGAGGGAAAAAUCCAUCCCCAGAUUUUGCAAAGGUUUCCCCCUGUCUGAAUGUACUUUCUUGGUUGCUGUUUGUUAAUGACACUGAUGUGCUAGCCGACGCAUGCUGGGCACUAUCAUAUCUAUCAGAUGGACCCAAUGAUAAAAUUCAAGCAGUAAUUGAUGCAGGAGUAUGUAGGAGAUUAGUGGAGCUACUGAUGCAUAAUGACUACAAGGUGGUUUCUCCUGCUUUACGGGCUGUAGGAAACAUUGUUACAGGUGAUGAUGUUCAGACACAGGUAAUUUUGAAUUGCUCAGCCCUGCAGAGUUUAUUGCAUUUACUCAGUAGCCCAAAGGAAUCUAUCAAAAAAGAAGCCUGUUGGACAAUAUCUAAUAUCACAGCUGGAAACAGGGCUCAGAUCCAGACUGUGAUAGAUGCCAACAUUUUUCCAGCUCUCAUUAACAUAUUACAGACUGCUGAGUUUCGGACAAGGAAAGAAGCUGCUUGGGCCAUUACAAAUGCAACUUCAGGGGGUUCCGCCGAACAGAUAAAGUACCUAGUGGAACUUGGUUGUAUCAAACCACUCUGUGAUCUCCUCACAGUCAUGGACUCUAAGAUUGUACAAGUUGCCCUGAAUGGCUUAGAAAACAUCCUGAGACUUGGCGAGCAAGAAGCCAAGAGGAAUGGCAAUGGCAUUAACCCUUACUGUGCAUUGAUCGAGGAAGCAUAUGGUCUGGAUAAAAUUGAAUUCCUACAGAGUCAUGAAAACCAGGAAAUCUACCAGAAGGCCUUUGAUCUCAUUGAGCAUUACUUUGGGACAGAGGAUGAGGACAGCAGCAUCGCACCUUCAGUUGAUCUUGACCAGCAGCAGUACAUUUUCCAGCAGUGUGAGGCUCCCAUGGAAGGUUUCCAGCUUUGAAGCAGUUCUUACAUAUGUUCCUGUGUCAGAUCAGGCUACUCGAUCAAGUCCUCUUGUGGAGCCCACAGCCCUCAUGGAGCUAAUUUCUCAAUGUUUUCCAUAAUACUGUUUGCGCUCAUUUGCUUGCCUUGCGCACCUGCUCUCUUACACACAUCUGGAAAACCUCUGGCUCUUUGUGGUGGAAUGCCCUCUUAACAAAUGGGUAACCAGAAUGGCCCACCCUCUUAUGGAAAACCCAUAGGCUUUGGAUAUCGGCAUUUACAUUUUACAAGAGUUGUGUGGGAACAUCUAUAUUAAUAUGGAUCCCUGCCUUUGUUGGAAAAAAAAAUUAUUGCCCCUUUGCUUCCCUUUAAAUGGAAAAAAAAAUUAUACUGACAAAAGAUAAUACUAACAUUUAUCUUUUAUUCCACACAACUUGCUUGCAAGUCAAAGGAGAUGUAGACACAUUGUGUGUACUUCAGAGUUCUUUUCUCGUGCUCUUCCACAGUAACCCCUUGGAUUAGUUGGUGAAUUUCUCCAGCCAGAUUGGCAUUAAUCCUCACUGAGAUUGAUGAACUCUCCUUCAUCCCCAAUCCAUACAAUUCUUCACAUAUUAAAGUAAGCCAUCAGUGUCCCCCUAUCUUGAGUCUCUGGUGAACGUGCUUUUUGGUUGUCAAAAGUGAUGAAGAACUAAUUGACAUUUUUAUUCUAGAAAGUCUAAGUACCACGAUCUGUGUUGCAGAUCCCCUUAGAGGAAAGGGGGCAUAUAUGGCCCUCUUUGGUCAUGAACAUUUUAGGAUUUGGAAGUGGCUCAGUUUUAAUGCUGUUAUGAGGACUCCCAGAAUUAAAAUAUGCGUGACAUCUCCCCAGACCUGAACACAAUGUGACUAGAAGCGGUGUCUCUGCAUUAAUGAAGAAAUGUUUCAGGCUUUGUGGUCCUGACCAAGGUCCUUAAGGUAUUGAAGUUCUCCCUAGGUGCUCUCACUGUCUGUGGCUGUCAGAAAACAUCCAUUUAAAGAUUGCUUGAGUAUUUUUUUUUUUGUUCUUAGGCAGCUUGAUCUUAACACAUUCAUGCUGUAAACACAACUCUUUUAGCCUAGACCAUCUUUAAUCUGUUUUAAUAUUAACACCAGGAAUAAUAAUAAGGAAAUAACCAGGAAAACUGGAUAGUGUUAUGGUUCUUCCAGCUGUGAAAUAUAGUUCUGACCACAGCUUCCUGUCUUAUGUCCUCCUUCCCCACCCCACCCCAAAAAACAACCACCACCACCCACCUUCUCAACAUAGCACUAUUUUAAUUGUAAAGGGGGCAUGGAUCAUCAUGAUGGUUUUAUUCCAUCCCCUUACUAGUACUGCAGUCCUUGAAUUAGUGCUGAUGUACAUCUGGCUGUGUUGGUGAGGUGCUGCUUUGUGCAUGAUGACCCCCGAUCUGUACCGACAAACAGUACCUCAGUUGGUCCACAGUAUGUUUGGACUGGACCUUGGGAUGGAAAGCUGAGGAGCUUAAUGCCAACACCAGUUGAAUAUUGUUUCUUCUCAGUGCUAGCUGGCCAUCUGGAUACAACAUUGGGACGCCAUCAAAGAAGACUUGCUGUUGCCCUUCUGUGCCAAUGGGUUCUGAAGGAAAGCUGCUUACUUCUGUUUCUGAACAUGCCCUUUCACAUAGCUUUGGAUUUUUUUCUUGUUUUAUGGGAUUCAUAGUCACCCCCAAAGUAAACCAUUUGGAAAGUUACCAUUGAUGAGCUUCCCUACAUCCCUGGGGAGCCCUGCUGGGUGUGUGGGAUAUGCAGAGCUUUCAUACCUCAUCGUGAUGCUAUUCACCAUUGGCAACUGGCAACAGCAGCCACCUGACAUGACGUGACUUAAAAAUUGUUUUUAAAAAGUCAUCCAAACCAGAAAGAUGCAAAGACAGUGGACAUAAUCAGCUCCAAGUGGGAUACAUGCUUCCUUCACAUCCAGUCUGUACUUGUGUCUGUGCUCUUGGAUGAAUAACGUCUGGUAUAUGUAUGUUAAUCUUGGAGCAGCCCCUGAAAAACUAGUCCACUCCAUCCACAACUGUUACUUCUUCUAGUGCUGCUUUGUGCUGAAAGAACAUCUAGUUUACUGCACUUGACCUGUAAAGGGACUUUGAUUCUUUGUAAUUUUAGGGAUAAAUUAGGUGGUUAAUUUAAAGAAAAAUCUUCAAUGUUGCCUUUACAUCACAUUAAAAAUAACUUCUCUUUCAGAAGGGUGAUAGAAGCACUGAUUCGUAGCAAAAUCUUGUUUUUAGCUUUGACAUUUUUUUUGUGGCUGGAUUUUUUUAAAUUGUAAAUUACUGAUAACAUGUCAUUUCUAUAGGAUCUGUUUUAAAUCAUGUACCUUUUAUUGGACAGUACAAAAAUACAGCAUAUUUUGUAAACCAAUUUGAAUGGAAAAAUAUAUAAAGCACAGCAGAAAGUUGUUUCCCCUAAGUUAGUAAGCAUAGUGUAUGUUGGGAAUUUUUGCUAGUAAUGGCAGGUGCCUAAAUGAGUGAAUUAAAACAAAGAGUCCAUUUAAAAUGUGUUCCGUCUUUCUGUCCAAAACAAGGGAAUUUUUCUUUUCCCUAAAAUGGAGCAGGUUUGUGAAUUACGUCAUAUGGGCUACCUCAGGUUCUCUACAACAAAAUUACCAUUGUAUAAAUUUUAAGAAAUUAGUUUACUGCAGAAAUUCCCCCUCCCCCACAUCCCCAAGGCUGGAGGGGACUAUUUAGAUGGUGGGAGAUCUCUGAUAGUCCCUCUUUCUUAAAAAAAGGAUCUAUGGAGUUGAUUGGUUUGGAGCAAAAUAAUAGGAAAGGGAGGGAAAGGAAUAGUUCAUAUGAAGGAGUAGGAUUUACAAGAAGUUAUACGACUGUCCUGAAAAGAGGGAGAGAGAUGUAUGGAGGAGGAAUGGGGGAAGCAUGAACAACUGAGAGUGAUUUAUUUGUAGCAGCUGCUUCCUCUCAGCCAUGGAAAACCUAGCUUCCCAUGUUUGAAAUUCUCAAUUUUUCCACUUUCCCUGAAUUCGUUCUAACUUGCUGUGUUGCUUUGUGUUUCUACGUGGCAGAAUCCUUUUUUAUUUACUUUUAAUUGAUUUUUCCCAAAGAAGUCAUUUUUAACAGUAAUUUGAUGUCUUUUUUUCAGUGUAUAUCAAUUUUUUCCCUUUCAGAAAGAUCUAAUUUUAUAAAGGUCCCUUGCCUGUAUUUGGACCAAUAUGUAAUGAAGUGUUGGUAUGAAUGAGUUAAUUAUGAACUACUUACUUUUGUUUUCCUAGUUUGAUCAUUUCAUUAAUUCAUUUAUUUUGAGCCAGCCACAAAGUGCCUGUCACAGGAAGUGUAUGUGCUAAUUUUGUUUUCUGUUGUAUUAAUUAUUGAAUGACCCAAGUAUAUUCACUUCAACACUGUGUAAAGACUCUCCAGGCUCAUGUUAUCCUUCUGGGCACAAGUUAGCCCUUUUCUUAGUUCUUUAUUUUUCCAAAACUUUUAAGGUCUGAAUAAUUCCAGUUAGAUUUUAUUGUGAGGGUCAAGGUGGAUAGAAAUAAGUGAUAAUCUGGAGAGACUAUAACUAGGUAAGAUUGUAAUGGUAGGGAACAGGGAAGACAUGGUACAUGUAGACAGGCAAAGAAAGCUAAGACUAGGAAACAGAUUUCUCCAUGGGUCUUUUGAAUUCUUUCAUCCUUGCUAAUCAGUUGCUUCUUCCUUCUUCAUCGUCCUAGUUUCAUGCCAUGGAAAAGUCACCCUUUGGCUGAUAUUACUAAGUAGUUUCUUCAUAAGCCAGCUGAUUUGAACCUGAACCAACUGUAAAUCUUUUUAUUCACAUAAUUUGAGUCAGUAGUAAGCCUAACUCUCAGUGAUGUUCAUUUGCCGAAACAAUCUAUGUUCCAAAAUCAGGUUUCCUCAAAACAUUAUAUUGCUUUAAACUCUUCUGUGUCAUUUCUCUCAGGCAAGUUUAAGUAAGUUUGCUUACCCAAAGCAAAAUUAUUGCCAAAAUUUAAACACGGUCUAGGGUAAUGUUAAGAAGGGGCUUUCUAAGGUCAGAAGUGUACCAUGUUCUUUUUUUCUUUGGAUGCAGUGGAGAAGAUAGGUAUUGUCUGUCUUGAGCUGAGACUUAAGUAGUAUAAAACACUUUUUCUGCAGAGUGGUUUCAACAUGAAAAAUGUUUUUUAUGUAGUAUGGUAAGUAAAAAUUUUAAUAUAUAUGCAUAUACUCACAUGAAUCUGACUUACCUGGAGUUUUUAAUGUUAUUGUAAUAAUGCCAGAGCAGCAUGAUUCAGUAAAGAAUAUUGUCCAGACUUUG